AUGGCUGAACCCCAGCCUGACAUGAGCGACGUUGCCGCCGAGGCCGCCGCCGACUUCUUCCAGCAGAUCUUUGGCGUUGUCAUCGAAGCCAUUUGCCGCUUUGGCCGCAAUCUCUACAACUCCUUCGCUGAAGUGAGCGUGGGCCGCUGGACCAAGGUCGUCUGCUCCGUCAUUUUCUACGUCCUUAUCCGCCCCUACAUCGAAAAGUUCUUCAAGUACCUGCACGACCGCGAACGUCGCAUGGAAAAAGAGAAGAAGGAAAAGGAGAAGGCCGCGCUUGGUGGCAAGAAGGCCAAGCAGUCCGCCAACUCGCUGCGUGGUGGUGAGACUGGCAAGGUUCUGGGUGAGGUGGAGAGCGAGGAUGAGCUUGCGGAUGGCGAGGUGAACCUUGCCUUGGCUAGUGGUGUGCCGGAGUGGAACAAGAUGGCCCGCAAGCGCCAAAAGAAGUACCUGAAGAACCUCGAGAAGGAGAACGGCAAGCGCGCCGAGGAAUUGACCGAGGAGCAGUUCCUUGAGCUGCUUGACUGGAGCGAGUCCGAGAACGAGAGCGAGAAGAAGAAGGCUUGA